CAGGAUGGGUAGGAAGAGGUCGGGCAGGCGGCGCCAGCCUGCCCCGCCCUCAGACACCAGGACACUCCUGAUCAACAGUGUGCGUAGGACGCCGGGGUGACUAGCACCGCAGACCCCAAGCUGGAUCCGGGCGGUUGACAGUACCAUGGGAUCUACAGCAGAAGGAAGAGACAGUGCCUUAUGGCCGGACAUCCCCAAGGGCCCGCUUAGUGUCUGCCGAGCAAGAGCCUCCUUCAGCUCCAGGGAGCUGCUGCUCUUCUGGGAGGACAAGGAUGUGCUCGAGUUCAAGAAAACCAUCUUCAAGACUUUGGAGAAUGACCCUCUCUUUGCCCGCUCUUCCGGGACUGAUCUGCCUCUAGAUAAGCAACGGGAACUGAACUUCCUUCGCUGUAAGCGGAUCUUCGAGUACGACUUCUUCCGCAUGGAUGAACUGUCGAAGAAUUCCAUGAAGAUCCCAGUGUUGAUUAACAGCCUGGGCAUGUACGACUGGUCCCUGGCUGUCAAAUGUGUCCUCCACUUUUUGGUGUUUGGAUCUGCACUGUUCAAUUCUACUUCUGAGCUGCGCUUCGAGUACCUUGAAAAGAUGUAUAACCUGGAGAUUUUUGGCUGUUUUGCUCUGACUGAACUGAGUCAUGGGAGUAACACCAAGGCCAUGCGGACGACAGCUCACUACGAUCCUGCCACCCAGGAGUUCAUCUUACAUUCCCCGGAUUUCGAGGCUGCCAAAUUUUGGGUGGGCAACAUGGGCAAGACAGCAACUCAUGCGGUGGUGUUUGCUCAACUUCACAUGCCAGAUGGCCAGUGCCACGGACUGCAUUCCUUCCUGGUGCAGAUUCGGGACCCGAAGACUCUACUUCCCAUGCCAGGGGUGAUGGUCGGUGACAUAGGGAAGAAGUUGGGACAGAAUGGCCUGGAUAAUGGAUUUGCCAUGUUUCACAAAGUUCGGAUUCCUCGCCAGAGCCUCCUGGACUGGACUGGGAAAGUCUCCUCCGAGGGCACCUACAGCACCCCCUUUAAGGAUGGCCGGCAGCGUUUCGGAGCAUCCUUGGGCCCCUUGUCCUCAGGACGCAUCACCAUUAUUGGCUUCUCUGUGACCAACCUGAAGCUGGCAGUGUCCAUAGCGCUCCGAUUCUCCGCCACACGGUGUCAGUUCGGACCCACGGAUGAGGAAGAAAUUCCUGUUCUUGAUUAUCCACUGCAGCAAUGGCGCCUACUCCCAUACCUGGCAGCUGCCUUUGCCUUGGACUUCUUCUCUAAGAAAAUCUUCUCAAACCUGGUGGAGCUACAGUCAGACCUGCUCAAGGGAGAACACGGUGCCAAGCAGGCAGAACUUGGACGUGAGAUCCACAUUCUGUCAUCGGCUGGCAAGCCCCUAGCCUCGUGGACAGCCCAGCGGGGGAUCCAGGAGUGUCGUGAGGCAUGUGGGGGACACGGCUAUCUGGCCAUAAAUAGGCUCGGUGACCUCAGAAACGACAAUGAUCCAAACUGCACCUAUGAAGGUGACAACAAUGUCCUGCUACAGCAAACCAGCAACUACCUGCUCAGCGUACUGGAGCACAAGCUCCAAGAUGGAGCUCCAUAUACACGCCCCCUCAAGAUAGUGGACUUCCUGGAAGCCUAUCCUGAAAUCUUGGGCCGGAAGUUCACAGGCUCCAGCGAAGCUGACUGGUUGGACUCAGCAGCCCCCCUGGCAGCGUACCACUGGCUUGUCUGCUACCUGCUCCAUGGGAGUCAUCAGAAGUUCUCUCAAGAGAAAAAGUCGAGAGGCAGUGACUUUGAAGCAAGAAACAACAGUCAGGUGUACUACUGCCAGCCCCUGGCCCUGGCCUUCCUGGAAUUCAUUGUGGUACAGAAAUUCCACGAUCACACGCAUGGCUCCAGCGUACCUCUGUCUCUGCGGCCUGUGCUUAGGCGGCUCAGCACGCUCUACGGCCUGUGGUCCCUGAGCCAGCACAUGGCCCUGCUCUACCAAGGUGGCUACCUUGCUGGUGAACAAGCAGGAAGAGCAAUGCAGGAUGCCAUCUUGGCCCUGUGUGUGCAGCUGAAAGACGAUGCCGUGGCUCUGGUGGACGUGAUCGCCCCUCCUGACUUUAUUCUGAGCUCCCCAAUUGGCAAAGCUGAUGGUGAGCUGUAUAAAAACCUGUGGACAGCCAUCCUGCAGCAGGAGGGGAUCCUGGAGCGUGCCACCUGGUGGCCUGAGUUCUCUGCCAACAAACCCGUGGCCAACAGGCUGAAGUCCCAGCUGUAACCAUGGUGGGAGAGGUGG